ACGUCCAGCACAGUCCACUCAGAGAUACGACCCAUGCUGGACCAUCGUCGUCGCUGCCGCGCUGGUCCACGCAUCCAGGAGACCAUCCACGAGACCCACGUCUCCCAAACCACCCCAAAUAAUAACAAAAAUCAAGGACACUUCCUUUAUUCGAAUUAUUACAAAAAGUUCACACUUCGUUAAAAAAAGCUACAUCUUACAACUCUCAACAUGUGUCAAGUGCCAAUGGAUUUUCGACGCCGGUUCGCGAGUUUAUCUAUUUCUUGAUCUCACCGACAUCUUAUCACCUAUUUUUUUAGUUUAUUGUCUCUUAAAAAUUCACUCUAUUUUUUCCUCAGUUUUUGUUAAGGCCGCGGAGUUUUGAGUGUUUGUGAAAAUGACAGCGCAUUAACAAUUGGACAUUGUAAAAUUGAGAAUUGUACCCGAGUGUCGUGGAUUAGAGGGUACCACGCGGUACCUGGUACCAGUCAGCCGGAAACCGCGCGAAAAAUCGACCAUGCGGUCGCAGGUCAGUUGACGAAGUUCUUCCCUAUGUCGCUCCCCGGAAGAAAAGGAGAACUUCGGUGAAGAAGUUGAGUGAGUAAGAGGGAGAAAGUGUAAAUUGUGGAAUAGUUUGUAUUUUUACCCAUACAAAUGGUGAUGGACCUUGGUAAAAGCACCGGGGAGAAGAAAAGGAGGAGGACGAAGAAGUGACUUUUUUAAGUAUCUUCUGAAAACUCGCCCUGGUCCUCCUAUCUUGGUCUGUGAAGUUUACUUAAUUAGUGCUGCAAGGAGACAAAAUUAAGAGAGCCAUCAUGAGGAUCAAAAUGCCUGCUGUCAGGAUCGCGCAAGCGGAAGCUUCGCAAGGAAUCAGUUCGCCCGAUACCGUCCAAUGCGGGGGUUGCAGGGCAUCUUUCCCCCUGGGCGAAAUUGUUCGUUUUAUCGAACACAAGGUGAAAUACUGUCGAAGUACAUUACAGGGGUGUCACAGUCCACCCCCAGCGGCAGCACCAGAGGACUCGGACCCGGAGGACGCUCUGGCGCUGAAGGCCCUUGACCAGGAGAAGCUUAAUUCAGUGCCCAGCAUUUCCGCGCCUAUAAACAAAAGGAUAGGGAGAAUUGAAAGUCCCCCAACACCCCAAGCCUCCGGUCAUGACGCCGGAAGUCCCAUUGAACUCAGGGCCAGUGCUAGUUCUACCCCUAAAAGAAGGACAGAGAGUCCUGAAGAGGAGAAGGAGGACAUACCUAAGAAACCUAAGACCGAGUCUGUCGACGCGGAUACCAAUACCGUCAAUUCCGAGCCAAGAUGCUUGCAGUGUUCCCAGUGUUCGCGGCGCUUCUCUUCAGCCUGGGAGAUGUUGCAGCACGCACAAACCUUGCAUGGAGCAAGAUUAUACUCCUCUUCAUCAACCCUAGCGAAUUCCUCCUCAAGCACACCAGCACCAAGUCCGCCAACCCCAACGCCUACCCUUUCACAUCAUCUGAGUCCACCCAACCACCUAAACCUCAGUGGUAAAUCAACCGGAAGUUCUUCAGCAGCAAACUCUUCUGGCGGGACAAACUCUAGUGGAAGCAGUGGAAGUCGGCAACAACUACAAUCAUCAGCUUCCCUAGUUGGUGAUCCGCUUCACAGCUUUCUAAGAUUACCUCAACAUCUCGAGAGAAGUUUUCCACCAAUGUUCAGGCCGGACUUCUUGGCACUGAACCCCCUUGCUGGGUAUCGAGGUCUUCAGGACCUUCAAACAGCUACGAGAAAUCUACAGAAUCUCGGAGACCCACUCCGAGGGAUGGAUGGGUUGAACAUAGGUGAUUCGCUCGUUAGAAGUUCUUUGGAUACUUUAAAUAACGCGAGAAACUUGGCAAACUUGGCAGAAUUGUCACACAGUAGAGGGCUGGCAAGCCAGGGCCAUCCUCCACCACUUGAAGCGAACCUGGAUUUUUACUCGGCGCGCCUAAGGAGCCUCGCUAAUCCGUCCUUAGGCGCGGCUCCUAAUAAUUCGACAGCGAAUCCCAAUUCAGCAGUUGUAUCGAGUGCUCCACAAGCUCAUUCCGUGGAACAACCGCGUCCAGCCUCAACAAAUCCAACGAAUCUUACUCAUAAUCAGCAGAAGGAGAACUCUCCACCGUGCUAUACCCAAAGUCUAGUAGGACAUCACAAUAAUAACAAUUCUACUGACAGCGAUAAAACAAGUCCAACAGUGGCAUCUACUCCCAUCAUAACCGACUCUUCAGAAACAGUCUACACUUGCGAAGUUUGUGAGAAAAAGUUCAGAUUUCAGUCAAACUUGAUUGUUCAUCGUAGAAGUCAUCAGGAUAAAGAAAGACAGUAUCAAGAAAUAGCUUCUGAAGCUGUAGUGCCAACGAGGUGUGAUAUCUGUGAACUUGAGCUUUCCAGUUUCUCUGAGCUUAGGAAACAUAUGAGAAAAGAACAUCAAGACUCCCUGAAUGUCCCAGCAAGUCCUCAAGGAAGCGUUGAAACAGUUCCAGACGACGGAAGCAGUUGUGACGAGAAUAUGGAUUUAGAUGAUGGAGACGACACUGACGCGAAAGGUCGAGACGACGCAGAAGAAAAUACUCCUGAAGAUCUGAGCACUACUCAAGGUCAAAACAGUGAAGACAAUGUAUCCAGAUUAGACCAGAAACCCAGCUUAGUCGGGGACUUGAUGGAGAAGUUUGGAUUGAGCAACAUAGCUCAGUACUCCGAAGCUUAUCGACAGGCACUGCAGGAGAAUCAUCGAGGCGGAUUUAUCAAAACUGAAUCCCCCUCGAGCCUAAGCAAUAGCUUGAACAACAACAAAGAAAAAGACAGUGCUCUUUCACCCACGAACUUUAAUUCUUCCUCGACGCCAAAUAUCUUUUCUGGACAAGGUUUUCCCAGAUCAGCUGGUCCAGAUUUUGGAGGUCUUUGGUUGCCAAGUCCACACUACCUGGAGAACAACGAAUUCCGGAAAGCUACCAAAGCCACUACCUCCAGCCUCUCUCUUCAAGGUCUACCAAGUCCUCUAAUGAAGAAGGAACGUAGUGGCAGGAACGACACGUGUGAAUAUUGUGGCAAAGUCUUCAAGAAUUGUUCAAAUCUCACAGUACACAGGCGGUCUCAUACCGGGGAGAAGCCCUACAAAUGCGAACUGUGCUCCUACGCUUGUGCACAGAGCUCGAAACUUACGAGACACAUGAAAACACAUGGAAGGCAUGGAAAGGACACCUACAAAUGUAGAUUCUGCGAGAUGCCCUUCUCCGUUCCCAGCACUCUGGAGAAGCAUAUGAGAAAGUGCGUCGUAGUAGUUCAGCAAGGUCCCAAAAUGGGCAUUCCUUAUCCAGGUAGUCAAGAUGAGGACUCUUCCCUCAGCACCAAGGAUACUUGAUCCUGGAGCGGGAGCCUGCCGCCUAUCCCGCCAAUGUGGCCACAUCGGCCACCCUACUCGGUGUACUGAACAGUCCCGAAGGACCUUUAAGCGCGCAGGACUCCCAGGAUUCGCUCCUGAAGGAGUCGGAAGGCCUAGAGUGCUUCCGCGUGCCAAGUUCACCUCUCAAGGUUAUAAGGGGUAGUAGACCUUUGGAGACCUCGACUUACGGUCGCCGCGGACCUGGAAACGAUCCGCAUGUGACUAUUACUCGUGCGAGCGCGGAGGGAAUCCCAUUUUUCGCCGAGGAGACAAAGGCCAGUCCAAAAAAAAGACAAAGAGAAUCAAGAAUCAAGGGAGGUCUUCAGCUAGACAGAGAUUCCGUUGCACGCUAAGUGCAUAGCGCUCUCACCGGCAUAAUGAGACAGCCUUCAUUGGAUGUGCAAUUGGGAAGUAUUUAUUUCCUUUGUAUGCAUCAUACUAUUUCAUCAAUUAUUUUUCGUGUAUAAUCAAAAUCGAAAUUUUUAAAAUAAAAUGUUGAGGGCAAUGUAAUGUUUUAGGAGCUAGGAAACUAGAUUUUUUAAAUUUAUUCCUUUUGAAUGAUUGAAAAAAGUUUUUUUAUGUACCACAAUAAUUAAAUGAUUGUCCUCAGUGAGGAAAUUUCCAAAAAGAUGUUCUUUCAUGCAAAUUGAAAAAAAAAGUAAAUGAGUUUUCACAACUUUGAAAAUUCAGGAUUCCAUUUCUUUUUGACGAUAUGGUUUCAAGAAAUAUUUCUUUUGAGUAUCAUGCGCUAAAUGUGUAGAUCACACGUCUUGUUUUGCCAUUGAGAAUGCUGUUUGUCAUUUGGAGACUAAAUCUUGACUCUGGAUAAGAACGAAUGGUUACCAGUUGCGAGUCUCAAUCGAGCUAAUUAAAGUAUAUCGCUAAAUAAUUAAAAUACCCUUUAAAUACUAGCGUGAUUACACAAAUGCAUAUAUAU